GCACACGCCGCACUAAAUAUACCUCAACUUCAAGAGCGUAUGCACAUAUAUACACUCUACUGGUACAUAUAAUAUACAUAAGCAAAUACAUCUUUCGUUCUUGGAGUUUUGUAGGUUGUUUAUAGAGAUGGUGAAGGGAGAUGAUGUUGUGAAGAGGAAGAAGAACAAAGCAAAUAGAAAGAAGCUCAAUAAACAGCAGAAUGACUCUUCUAAAGUCUCUGCUCGGAUCGCUUCUAUUAUAGCAGCCAAGAAGCGGCGAAAGUCUGGUAAACGCCGCAUGUGUCAGGGAAUGUGCUUUAGUCUCCCAACCCCAGAUGAUCCGUUUAAUGAUAAGCAAGGUAAAAUUGACUUUAAAAAGAAGGAAAAAAGGAAGGUUGUUAAGGGCAAGACCACAGUUCCAAACAAAGAAUCUUUUGGUAAGAGAAAUACAGAAGACAAUCAUUUAGAACAGACUGAUGAAAUGAGUAAGCUGUCAAGAGGUGCAACUAGAACAUCACUUUCUGGAAACACGGGGCAGGAAGGACGUACUGACCUAGAAAGAAGCAAAAUUCAGCUCGUUGGGGAAGUUGGUGCCCAUGGUCAUCAAAAGCCUGAUCAGGAGAUCUUAGAAUAUCCAUCAAAGUUUCUUAUGAUGUGCUUGAAUGAGAUAGAGAAUGCGCUGCAUAAGAGUGGUAUCCUUGAUAGUGAAAAGGAGAAGCCUUUCUUUUUUAAUACAUGGGGAGUUGAGUUCUGGAAACAAGUUGUGGAUCAACUUCAAUCUCUUUAUAGAGAUGGUUGUCUUGAUGCUUUAAAAUCCAUCAAGCAGGCUAUUUCUGGAAGACCUCAAACUGUUGUUUUCAGUGACGGCUUUAACCAUAGAUGUAUUUCAGCUGUUCAGAUUCUUUUGAACGAAUCAAUUUGUAGGUUAUCCCUCAACGAUUCUGUUGCCAGUCAAGGUGCAUGUAUCAUUCAAUCUGUAAAUGUUUGUGCCUCGAAUGAAGAAAGAUUAGUUAAGUGCGUUGAAGUUUUGGAUAAAGCAUAUGGUGAGAACCUCCAGUUACUUAAGGUGCUAUGCAUUGUUAAGAAAAAUGGGAAAUUCAAGAAGUUAGGGCCUGCCCUCAAGCUGAAAGGUUAUUGCCUCUCAACUCAAGAAUAUGAUCUUACUUCAGAAGUCAAGCGCAGUCUGGAUUCUGAUGACCGAGUGAGACCUGUGGUGUCCAUGAUUAAUACAGACCAGAUCAGUAGUACCAGUUUAGAGGAAUAUGAUAUCAUUAUACUUCCUGAGUUUGUUCCAGCAAUCCAAAAUUAUGUUCAAAUUCUCACGAGGAUGGCCCGCUGUACUGUGAAGGGUGCAUUACAUAGCUUUUUAACGGAAGAUGAUGCACUGCAGGCUGGUCCAUUGGUUGAAAUCCUCGAAAAAUGUGGGCAAGCAGUACCUGAAGCCCUAAGGAAGUUAUGUUGUACACAGCCCGUGUUCGAAUCUUGAAGUUUGGAAGCGGAACACGAACCACUUUCCGCUAUUCCAGGUUUUUCUUCCUCAGCAAAAUGAAGGUUUAGGGUAAAGUUAGCUUAAGUUUCUAUUGUGUUCUACCUUUGCAUAAUCUUGGUCGACAGUGGAAGGCUCUGCAUCCGAGCCUCAUUGAACUCAGCAGAAGUGUGAGGUAUGGGCGAAGAUAGUAGAAGAGAUGAAGUCCAUUCCAUAUCCUAGUUCAUAUCUCUUUAUAGUUAAUUGUUAGUUUCUGUUAUUUCCAAGUCCUCCCAUCCCUAUUAUUUAGUGAACGUGAUCGGUGAAAAGCCUAUCGAUUAUUGACAGCUUUUCACGACUGCUGCAACAACUGUAUUAGAAUUUUGCAGGGCGUAUAGAAUCUACAGACACUGAAGCAGAAACAGACGAAACAACGGUAUUUAUUAGUAUUUGAUAGAUUAAAUACAUGAUUUCUUUUGGCUUCAUUA